CUUCUCUAUUUAUUUGUGAGUUGGAAAAAAUGUCCAAACCUUACGAAAAUUAGAAAAAAGGUGUGUGUUGUGUUUUUGGGGAUAAAAACAUCAUUUUUAGGGAUCAAACUGAAAUCACCGUUACAAAUCCAACCAAUUUGGAUUAAACUCAUUUCAUCUCACAAAUCUUUCCAAAUUCAAAUUCACUGCAAUCAAUCACAAUUUCAUACACAACAAACAACACACGCCCCAGAAUAGAAUAAUCUCCUACCCCUUUCUGUUCUUCAUUUCCCCCCUUCUUUUUUUCUCUAUGUAACGAGUUUCAUUAUCACAAUUACGAUUCAAAUUUGUUGUUAUACCAUCAUACAGAUGACUAUGAUGGUGAAUAAUGUGAAUGUUGGUGGUAUAUGUAUACAUGGGGUAACAGCUAUAAUGGGAAGAUGCUUGUUGGUUUAUUUGAAACAUUGAAAAAUUAAGAAUUGAAUUUUGAUGUAGAGGGUUUGUCUGAUGUAAUGCCUCGCUCUGUUAAGGUUAAGCCGGUGGUUAUGUUGGAUACUGUACAGGAGAUUGGUGUAUAUGUUCAUAGGUUUCACAAUCUUGAUCUCUUUAAGCAGGGAUGGUAUCGGAUUAAGAUUACUGUGAGAUGGGAGGACAGUGAAAAUCUCUCUUUUGGAAUUCCUGCUAGAGUUGUUCAAUAUGAAGCUCCUGACCUGGAUCAACGCAAUAUAUAUGGUGUAUGGAAGAUUGAUGAUACUGAUAAUAGUUUCUCAUCACAGACCUUUCGGAUAAAAUAUGCUAGGCAGGAUGUUCAUUUAUGUAUGAUGGUCUCAUUCAUCUUACCUCGUAGUAGAUUUGCGGAUUUACCUUCAACUGCUGUUAUUUUAAAGUUUGAGCUUCUUUAUGCUCCUACACUUGAGAAUGGAACCGAUGUGCAAGCUUCUUUAGAUGAUUCCCCUGCGGCUAUCCAUGAAUUUCGAAUACCUCCUAAAGCUCUUUUAGGACUGCAUUCGUAUUGUCCCGUCUAUUUUGAUGCUUUACAUGCAGUGCUUGUUGAUGUGAGUGUACAUGUUAGUCUACUAAAAGCUGCCUCUUUCUCAUCUGCAUCGAAGGGAUUUGAUAGAGCAGCUUCCCAAGAUGUGAAAGAUAUUUUGCUUGUUAAAGCAUUAUUGGCUUCUCGUAGUAUAUUGCUUGAAGAACUACAAAAAAUUAGCAAAGGAGUUGGUGAGCCAGUGGAUAUAUUGGAGUUUAUGUCAAAAAUGAACCAUAAGAACAUACUAAAGUUUAUGGUGCAUGCGAAUCAAUAUGCAAUGAUUGAGGAAGUUUUAGGACAAGGCAAGCCACAAAAUGGUCUUGAGGGAGGAAAUGGUUCUCUGAAUGUUCUACAUGUUUCAAAGUUCCAUUCCCUGUCUCAGAGUGAACUUUCAGACUGCUUUCAUUCAGUGGGAGAUCAAUUGUUCUAUUUAUGGAACAUAUUUUUGAAGUUCCAUAGGGAUAACACGACAAAGGUUGUUGAAUUUUUACGUGACGUAUGGGCUAAAGAUCGAAAAGUUGAGUGGUCAAUAUGGAUGGUAUAUUCUAAGGUAGAGAUGCCUCAUCAUUAUAUAAAUAGUGGGAAUGACGAGUCCUCCCGUCGAGGUGGUAGUAUGCACAAAAGAGUUUCCAGUUUGUGGAAGUUACCAGAUGAGCCUCUUGAGACCGCAGCUACAUGUGCCGAACAUCGUCGAAGAAGCAUUGCACAAAUGCGGAUAAACAACAGUUCAAUACAAGACAUGCAGAUAUAUGGAGAUCCUUUGCGUAUACCGGUGGUGAUUGUUGAAAGAGUGAUGAAUGUACCACGUCGCAGUACCAGUGAAAUGUCAUUCCUAGGACAUUUCGACUUUGUAGAUUCACAUUACUUGCCAACUGGCUCCAUCCCUGAUGCUGGAGGCAAGAAAUCUACACCUCGAAGUAAUACUCGAGUAUUGAAGAUUGUGGUCUUUGUGCAUGGGUUUCAGGGGCAUCAUCUGGAUCUAAGACUUGUGAGGAAUCAAUGGCUUUUGAUCGAUCCCAAAGUAGAAGUUCUUAUGUCUGAUGCUAAUGAAGAUAAAACCUCUGGAGACUUCAGAGAAAUGGGAAACAGGCUAGCUCAAGAAGUUGUUUGUUUUAUCAAAAGUAAGAUGGACAAAGCAACAAGAUAUGGGGAAUUGGGAGAUAUUAAGCUAAGUUUUGUUGGACAUUCUAUUGGUAACCUCAUUUUGAGAACAGCCAUAGCAGAUAGCAUGAUGGAGCCAUAUCUAAGAUUCCUACAUACAUAUAUUUCAGUAUCUGGCCCACACUUGGGAUAUCUUUAUAGUUCAAACUCAUUGUUUAAUUCUGGAUUGUGGUUUUUGAAGAAGCUAAAAGGCACACAAUGCAUUCAUCAGCUCACCUUCACAGAUGAUCCAGAUUUCCAAAAUACUUUCAUUUAUAAACUGUCUAAGCAGAAGACCUUGGAACAUUUUAGGAAUAUUAUUUUGAUAUCUUCCCCUCAGGAUGGUUAUGUGCCUUACCAUUCUGCCAGAAUUGAAUCAUGUCAAGCUGCUUCCCGUGACACUUCAAAGAAGGGUAAAUUGUUUCUAGAGAUGCUGAAUGAUUGUUUGGACCAAAUCCGAGCCAACCCCUCUGAACAUCGAGUUUUCAUGCGCUGUGAUGUCAACUUUGAUGCCUCAGCUUAUGGAAAGAAUCUGAACUCUUACAUUGGUCGGGCUGCGCAUGUUGAAUUUCUGGACACAGACAUUUUUGCAAAGUUCAUAAUGUGGUCUUUUCCAGAACUAUUUCAAUAGCUGUUGCUCAUAUUUGUCUUCAAUUGUCCUGACUUUUUCUAAGGCAUAACUAUCUCAGCCAUGUAUGAGCCUUUUAGAGACCAGAAAAGUGCUCAGAUUCAGUCACUGGGCAUUCAGGUGCAUAUAGAUAAGAUGUCUGAGUUGUACAUUCAUUUGCCUUAGCUUUAGAAAAAAGGCCAUGGACAUAUAGUGCAGUGCUGUAAUUAUUUUAGGUUAGGUAUAUCAUUUCAUACUCAAUGUUAAGCUUUUAUGCAAUUCAUAUCAAAAGGAGUUAAAGCUAACUUAGGUUGGGUCACUGGUCAGAAUACAUGAUUUAGUUAAAUCCAUGAAUCUUCAUUGGCAAUUUUUUUUUGGUAACGAAAGGAAAUUAAAAUAACAGAAACUAA